CGGAUUCGCGAGGAACGUGGGAGCUGUCAUUGCUGUAAAACACAUUUGCGGAGACCAGCAUCACCGUUGACAGCAAUUACAAGUGCUGGGAUUAUGUUCAUUUAAACGAUCACUUCUUGAUAGGUGCCUUCAUAACAUGCUGCUCCGCAUAUAAUCAAAUGACAUUUUCUUUAGAUUCGCCAGAUCUGAAGGGGAAUUUUGGACAGACACAAUUAAGCUGAUCAUGAAGUGGGAUAUUUUACUCCUCUCUUGUGUUUUAGAGAAAAAUAUCGGAUGCAUCCGUUGAACGAAGGUAUUUCCCGCUGGAUUAACAAAGGACAUUAUUUUUGAUACUUUCUCUCCGUGCAAAAUUACUGGUUUAUUGCCGUUUUCGGGGAACAAAGAUGUUCUUGUGAAGUCACAGGCGAAACGUGUCAUUCGUUUAGCCCGGUGCCUCAAUUGCAAAAUGCUGUGGUGCUGAUGAGAGACUGUUCCUCGAAAACAGUUUUUUCACAACCCAGAAUGACAAACAAAUAGCUCUCCGCUUAAGCGAUGGAAACACUGUGAGGUUUCUUACUGAACUUGAGAAGCAGCAACAGCGACUGCAACAGUCUCGACACCACAGAAAUCAGCACAUAAUAAUGUUAUGGGCUUCUGAAGUCGAUUGGAGCAUGGAGUCCGCGCACCAGGCAGGCUAGGAGGUUUUACGAGACACGCUAAGAACCCUGUUUUGACUCCCCAUCCUGAAAUGAGGCAAAAUGUUGAUGUGUGACAGAGGAGUCCAAAUGCUCAUCACCACAGUGGGCGCGUUCGCCGCGUUCAGCCUGAUGACUAUCGCUGUGGGAACGGACUACUGGCUGUACUCACGAGGAGUGUGCCGGGUCAAAAGUAAUAACGAGAACGAGACGAGCAGGAAGAAUGAGGAAGUCAUGACCCACUCCGGACUGUGGAGAACCUGCUGUCUAGAAGGAACAUUUCGAGGUGUCUGUAAGAAGAUUGACCACUUUCCGGAGGAUGCAGAUUAUGAGCAGGAUGCAGCAGAGUAUUUACUACGAGCAGUGAGAGCGUCCAGCAUCUUCCCCAUCAUGAGCGUUGGGCUUCUGUUCAUGGGAGGUUUGUGUGUGGCUGCCGGUGAGUUUUACAGGAGCAGACACAAUGUCAUCCUCAGUGCUGGAAUCUUCUUUGUCUCUGCUGGCCUAAGUAACAUCAUCGGUAUUAUCGUGUACAUAUCCGCCAAUUCGGGUGACCCUGGCCAGAGCGAUUCAAAGAAGAGCUACUCAUACGGCUGGUCCUUCUACUUCGGCGCACUGUCCUUCAUAAUGGCCGAGAUGGUGGGCGUGCUUGCCGUGCACAUGUUCAUCGAGAAACACCGGAAGCUGCGCACCAAGUCCCGCACCGAGCUGAUCAAGAAGUCGGCCUUCAGUCGCAUCCCCAGCUACCGCUACCGAUUCCGCCGGCGCUCCAGCUGCCGCUCCAGUGAGCCUGCCUCGCGUGACGCUUCGCCCAUGGGCAAGAGCGGGUACACGGGCCCCGCUGCGGCAGACAUCUCCAUGUACACCCUGUCCAGGGAUCCCUCCAAGGCGGCAAUGGGUGCCUUGCUCAACUCCGAGAGGGAGUUUUUGCAGGCUCACAACUCCAACGCUAAGGACUUCAAAGAUGCGGCCAACAGGAGGACCACUCCAGUCUGAGAGAGUUUAAGCACAGAGGAAGUGCCACGGCCAAGACGUUACAACCACAGACUUGAGCUGGACCCCAGUAGGAAGAAGAAUUCACUCGAGGCCUGCAGGGCUAUAACCCUCUUUCUAUAACAUUAUAUAUAAAUAUAGAUGGUAAUUGUUAGAUCAUUGGUGCUUCCUUUUAAUCCUCAUUUUUCAGUCACUGUUUCUGUCGUUUCACCUGACUCACAUGUCCCUCCCCCUAAGGGCUACUCGAGUAGAAUGCUAGUCCUCUCCUCAAAGUCAUUUGUUCUGCGACUGGAGUUCCUGAAGUGGUAGCCCAGCGAAACUGUGAAGCCCUCUGAGGGGGAGGAUUGUAACACUUCUGACAGACGAACCGAAAGGCUGUCCUGAUACUCGCCUUAUGCACAGCUCAGUAGCCCAUAGCUGGUGAGUGCUGCCUCACACUCACAAGAUUGUAUACAUUGUUGGUUUCUCUCCCGGGUCGGAAAUUGAGCCCACAACUAGUGCCACUGUCUCAUGCUGAUCACCCCCACUCAUGCCACCUACACGCUGCCCACAAUCUACUUGGCCGGGUUCUGCAUGCCAUCCACACAGUUGUUAUUUUUUUUAUUUUUUAAUAAUGUUUACUCCCAUUAUUUCCAUUGCAAUAACCCCUGCAUAAACUUUUAUAACAGGGUUAAAAUGCUUGUUAUUAAAUAUGAUCUUUUAGCCAAGCAAAGUUUUUUGGUAUUACAUGUUUUCAUUGCGAUUUUAAUGAUUUACAAUUUUCUGUGAUUUACAAUGAGAUAUCCUUGAUAAGAAGUUUACUGGAGGCCCUUUUGCUUAUUAAUAUGGAUAUUGUGGUCAUUAUCAUACCAUAGAGGUUUUAUUUUCCAUCUGUUAGCGAAAGAAAAGCAGUUGGCUGCCAAAUGUAGAUUUCUUAAUUGUCUAUAGUUAAAAUGUUUUUGGAGAAAAUAUUGUUCAUACAUUUACCAAAAGCUGUGCAUCAAGAGUUUAUAAAAAUCAGAAUGUUAUGAAAUCAAAAGGAACAGCCCUGAGAACUUGGACCAUUCACAUAUCAUGAAUAGACAAGCCUCUAAAUGGGCUGGAGGGAUUUUCAGGUUCAAGUCUAUACACAAUAACAAAACAACAACAAAAGCUAUGCUUGUGAACAUGCAUACAACACUUCUUUGAAUAUAUAUACU